UGAACAAACAGCCUGGAGUUGCAGGUACGUCCUGGGACUAAGUGGCAGAUUUCAGUGCUUUUGUGUUUAGGUUUUUUUUUUUGUUUUUUUUUCUGGGAUCAUUUAUAUUCAGGUGUCCGCAGGCCCACAGGAUUGUUUUUUUUGCCAUCCAUCACUGUUGUCAGUGACUGUUUCCAUUACAGCAGUCACAGAUGGCUGAACAGGGGAGGAUUGUCAUACCGGCUACUGGAGCAAUUGGCAGGAAGGGGCAACUGACCAACAACGCUGUCAAACUCCACAAUACUACUUACACAGCAUCUCAUGACUCAGACAGGAUGGAAUUCACUUCUUAUCUCGGGCGUCCCAGUGAGACAGGCUUUACAUCAAACCACAGACCAGCUAUAUAUUACAGGCCUAGUUUGGACCACAUUGACAACCCUCAGUUUGCACUCUUGUUAUCUGACAGCUUCGUCUCUCAAACUAAACGACACUACCAGCCUCCCAUCCGCUCUGGAUGUUCUGGGUCUUCAACAAACAUCGUUAACAAACCUGGAAACAGCGGCUUCCAUCAGCUGAGGAUUCAGCCGAAAACCGCAUCAGUCGAGGAGAAGACAGAAUAUCAAAGUUCAUUUGUGCCUCAUCGUCCUACGCCAGCAGUUUCUCAGAACCAUGUGACUGUAGGUCCUAAAGGAGGGAGUGGUUUCACUAAGGCAGCAGAGCUUCAGGUUAACACCAGCUUGAUGGGUGAACCUCAUCAGACUCCCAGCUCAGUGAUGAAAACAGACUUCAUGCCACUGUCCCUGCUGCAGGGUACUGAGGCGAAAUCGGGCCUGUGCAGCCGUUCUUGCAGAGAAACGGGAUUCACACGAGGUGACAUCGCUCCCUUGGCCCACCCUGUCUCUCUUCUGUCAUCGCCCCAGACUAAAACAGAGGCCCCGAUGCCAUCUAUCAUUGGACAAAAGGAACCCACAGGAUAUGUUCUGAACACUCAUAAAAACCAAACUUUUCCUGAUGCACCACUUGAUCCUUCAGACUUCAUCACACAUUAUAAAAGCAAGUUUUGUCAUCGUGAUGACAGAAACUGGAAAAGUCCAGAAAAGUUCAAAUCAACGAACUCUUGUCCCAGGAUUGUCAGCUCUAAAAUGGAAAGUGGCUACAAUCUUCGGGAUACGGACAGUUUUAUUCUACAGGUACAUCCUCAGGGGCUAGACCUUCUCACACCUGUGAUGAUACCUGCAUUGCUGCUUUGUCACAAAUAAAAACUGAAUUUUUGUGUUUGUUUGCAGUCUGGCAUGUUCUAUUAGUAAAAUCGUUUAA